AGCGCAAUCAGAAUUCAGUUGCUGUUCGACGUUCCUCGUUGUCGGUUGUUGGCUCCUCUUCCUUUUCCGAGAAGUCUACUGAACAUUAAAACCUACGGCUGCAUAAAUCGCACUCUUCCACACCCACACCCACUCGCAUCGCAUUCAAAAUUCAAAUUUUCGCGGGCACGUAAUACGGAAAAUAAAUAGCGAGAGAACAUUCACAUUUUCCAGCUUCAAUCACGGCAGUACCCACACUUUUCCACAAGAGCGGUGAGAGAGCGGGGCAGCGGGAGGCAGUGCGAGGUGCGUGCGAGUGAGCAAGCAACAAAAGGAAGAAUAACAAACAAAUUAAAGCGGAAUUCGGCAUUUAAAAUCCCAGAUAUAAAAAAUGUAAUGGAAAGCAUUAGUGCUCAUAAAAAAUGGAUUUACAUAGCCUUUUUAAGGCCGUCCUGAUCCUGUAUGUCAUACGAGCUGAGACGAGCCAAAUUGUGAAUGGACUGGAUCUGCAGGGACCGAUAUUUCUCCAUGAGCCACCGCAUCGCGUCGAGUUCUCAAAUAAUUCGGGAGGCCUCAUAGAAUGCUCCGGCCAUGGCAGUCCACCGCCAGAGGUGGAGUGGACACCCAUACCCCCCCAGCAGGAUAUGGUAUUCCAGCUAUCGAAUGGCAGCAUGAUGUUCUAUCCCUUCACCGCCGAAAAGUAUCGCCACGAGGUCCAUGCCACUGUCUACAGAUGCAAGCUCCGCAAUCUCGUGGGCACUGUCCUCAGUCGGGAGGUUCAUGUACGCGGCGUCGUCAACCAGAAGUACACGGUCCAGGUGCACGACGAGUACGUGAUGACGGGGAAUACGGCGGUGCUAAAGUGUCAGGUACCCAGCUACAUGUCGGAAUUUGUAAUGGUCACCGCCUGGGUGCAGGACACGGGCAUGCAUCUGUAUCCGAACACGGACAUCGGCGGCAAGUACACGGUGCUAUCGAACGGCGAGCUGUACAUAAAUAAUGCGGGGCCCAAUGAUGCGUACAAAACCUACACAUGCCGCACUGUAAAUAGACUGACAGGUGAAAUACAAAUUUCAACAUAUCCUGGCCGCAUUAUUGUAACGGAGCCCAAGGGCAUGGUACAGCCGCGCAUCAACGUGGAGAAGCAUUCGAUGCGGCAUGUUGUCCUUAAUGGCCAAACAACGUUGCCGUGCAUAGCUCAAGGACAUCCGGUGCCAACAUAUCGGUGGUUCAAGGAGGAGAACGAGCAGCUGCUGCCUCUGCAGCUCAGCGAACGCAUCACCAUCGUAUCCGCCGGAUUGCUGAAAAUCACCAAGGCACGUCUCGAGGAUAGUGGAAAAUAUUUGUGCUGGGUGAACAAUACGGCUGGCGAGGAGACCAUCCAAGUGUCGCUAACGGUGACAGCUCCUCUGACGGCCCAUCUGCAGCCACAGGUGCAGACGGUAGAUGUCGAUAAGGAUGCGCAAUUCCAAUGCAUUGUCUCUGGCCAUCCGGUGCACGAUGUGAACUGGUUGCACGAUGGCAAGCCCAUACUCAGGGACAAUCGUGUGGAGAUCCUCACCGAUCCGCCACGUUUGAUCAUCAAGAAGGUGCAGAAAGAGGAUCCUGGCAUGUAUCAGUGCUUCGUCUCCAAUGAAUGGGAACAAAUCCAAUCGACGGCCGAACUCCAGUUGGGCGAUGCUUCACCGGAACUACUUUAUUGGUUUUCGGAGCAGACGCUGCAGCCGGGACCGACGGUAUCAUUGAAGUGCGUUGCCACCGGAAAUCCACUGCCGCAAUUUACAUGGUCUCUGGACGGAUUUCCGAUUCCAGACAGCUCGCGCUUUUUAGUGGGUCAAUAUGUUACCAUCCACGACGAUGUCAUCAGCCACGUGAAUAUAUCAAAUGUCAAGGAGGAGGACGGCGGCGAGUAUACCUGCACGGCCCAGAAUGCCAUUGGCAAGGUCUCGCAUAGUGCAAAAGUGAACAUCUAUGGAUUGCCUUACAUACGCGAAAUGCCAAAAAUAACCGGGAUCUCUGGUUCUGAUUUGAUUGUUAAAUGUCCCGUGGCUGGUUAUCCCAUCGAUAAAAUACACUGGGAGCGAGAUGGCCAAACGUUGCCCAUAAAUCGCCGACAGCGUGCCUACAACAAUGGCACCUUAAUUAUCGAGCAACUGCAGCGCCUGGAGGAUGCGGGCACGUACACGUGCAUGGCACAGAACAAACAGAAGCAGACCUCGCGGCGCAACGUGGAGAUCCAAGUGCUGGUGCCACCGAAAAUUAUGCCCAUCCAGGCGAUGACGAACAUGCUGCGAGAGGGGAUGCGAGCGGCCAUCUCCUGCCAGAUCCUGGAGGGAGAUCUGCCCGUCAGCUUUCGCUGGGAGCGUAAUGGCAAGCCCCUGAUUGGAACAGGCAACGAGGUAUUUCGCCGUUUGGAUGAGUACUCUGCCAGCCUCGUCAUCGAGCACAUUACCUCGGAUCACUCCGGGAAUUACACAUGUAUCGCUGGCAAUGUGGCGGGCACCGAGCGCUUCACUGUGCCCCUGACCGUGAACGUGCCGCCCAAAUGGAUAUUGGAGCCAAAGGACUCGAGUGCCCAGGCGGGGGCUGAUGUCCUGCUGCACUGCCAGGCCUCUGGCUAUCCCAAGCCCACCAUCACCUGGAAGAAGGCCAUUGGACCAACGCCAGGCGAAUACAAGGACUUCCUGUACGAGCCCACCGUUCAGCUCUUCCCGAAUGGCACCAUCUACUUCAAGAAGAUCAGCAAAGAGUCGCAGGGGCACUUUCUCUGCGAGGCCAAGAACAACAUUGGCUCUGGCGUCAGCAAAGUAAUCUUUCUCAAAGUGAAUGUGCCCGCUCACUUUCAAACGAAAACGAAACAAAUCUCGGUGGCCAAGGGCAAACAGGUCCAUGUGCAGUGCAAUGUGCAGGGCGACAAUCCCAUCGACUUCAAAUGGAAAAUCCAGGCAACGCAACAGUAUCUUGACGAGUCGCUGGAUUCACGCUACACAAUAAGAGAUCAAGUGCUCGACGAUGGCAUGGUCUCCGAAUUGGGCAUUUCGCACACAUAUCGCCAGGACACGGGCAUUUAUAUCUGUCAGGCGAGCAAUGCAUUCGGACAGGAUGAAAUGUCCAUUCAGCUCAUUGUCCAGGAGGUGCCCGAGCAGCCGAAGAAUCUUCGCAUCAACUCGCAGCAGUCGCGCAGUCUGCAGCUCACCUGGAGCCAGCCCUUCGCUGGCAACAGUCCCAUUGAGGAAUAUCACAUUUACUACAAGCAAAUAUCAGUUUUUGUGACAGAUAUUUGGCAAAAUGCCGAACACAUCACCAUAACGGGUGCCCAGACGGUGGUCAACAUCCAGCAGCUGCGUCCCGCCAAGGCCUACCACAUACGCAUGUCGGCGGAGAACAAGCUGGGGGCCUCCGAGUUCUCCGAAGUGGUGCAGGUGACCACCCUGGAGGAGGUGCCUUCGGGGCCGCCGCUGGCCGUGCGAGCCGAGGCCAAGAGCUCCACCGAGAUCUCUGUCAGCUGGGAUGCACCUGAGCGGGAUCACUGGAACGGCAUCCUGCUCGGCUACUAUGUGGGCUACCAGAUGUCGCUCACGCCCGAGGACAAGGAGGUCAAUCCCACGCAGGGUUUCAGCUUCAAGACCGUGGAGGUGCGCUCCCAUUUCGGCGGCGAGACGGUCCUCAGCAACCUGAACAAGUUCACCCAGUACCAUGUGAUUGUCCAGGCCUACACCAGCCAGGGCAGUGGUCCUCCCAGCAAGGAAAUUGCCGUCCAAACAAUGGAGGACGUCCCCUCAUCGCCGCCAGAGUCGCCGCAGUGCGAUGUGCUCGGCUCCACAUCGAUUUACAUCACCUGGUCACCGCCGGACAUUGACGGACAAAAUGGCAAAAUCAAGGGCUACAAAGUGUUUUACAUAUCGAUCGAUGAGCUCUACGAGACCGAUCCGGAGGUUGUCAAGUCAACAAAUCAAUACGUCACCAUCGAGAAUCUGCGCAAAUACACAAACUACACGGUCUGGGUUUUGGCUUACACCAAAGUAGGCGAUGGCAUGAAAACCAAACCGUUUUAUUGCCGCACCCACGAGGAUGUGCCCUCCGCCCCGCAGGCAAUCAAGGCGAUACCCGCCUCCAGCACGAAAAUCAUCAUAUCCUGGCUGCCCCCGGACCUCCCCAAUGGUGACAUCACGGGCUACACCUUUUACAUGUCCAUGCUGGAAGGUGGCCGAGAGGAGGGCACCCACAAGAGACUGCUAGGACCCUAUGUGGAAAUGCACGAGACGGUCCGCACCCAGGAGUCGGCCACGUACCAGUUCUGGCUCACCGCCUCCACGAAGAUGGGCGAGGGCGAGAAGACGCAGGUGGUGACAGUGCCCCCAAACAACAAGGUGCCCGCUCGCAUUGUGUCCUUCAGCCAGAGGAUUGUCACGCCCUGGAAGGAGCACCUGGAGCUGCCAUGUCGCAAGGUGGGGGCCCCGGCACCGGUGACAAUCUGGCGACAGGAUGGCCACAACAUGGAGACGAGUGCUCGGAAGACCAUCGCCAAGAACGGGACACUCUACAUGAAGGAGUGCCAGGCGAGUGAUGCGGGCAACUACACGUGCAGCGUGGAGAACACCUGGGGCAAGGACGAGAUAGUGUACAACAUUGUGGUGAAGGUGCCACCCGAGGCACCCAAUUUGACGGUGAUCAAUGCCUACACGGACAGCCUGCACCUGGAGUGGAUGGACAACAGCCAUGGGGGCAGUCCCAUACUAGGCUACGUGAUCAACUACAAGCGGGACAACGGCGACUGGGAGGAGCUGCAGGUGGAUGCCAAGACCAAUUCCCAUCUGCUCAGCAAUCUCUGGUGCGGCACCCGCUACCAGCUCUACAUUACAGCAUAUAAUAAGAUCGGCACCGGGCUGCCCUGCGACAUUGUCAACUCUUACACCAAAGGCAAUCCACCCGUACAGCCGAAACACUCGCAAAUGAUCACCAACAACUCUACGAGCGUGACCUGCUGGCUGGACUCCUGGGGGGAUGGUGGCUGUGGCAUCCUCUACUUCAUGAUCGAAUCGCGUGUCUAUGGUAGAUCAUCUUGGAAUGUGGUCUCCAAUCAUAUCCCUCCCACGGAAAGAAUCUACACGGUCAGCGAUCUAAUUCCCGGUACGAAAUAUCAGCUGAAGGUGACGGCCCACAAUAAUGCGGGAUCCACGACAGCCAUUUACAACUUUACCACGCUCUCCCCUCAAGGAGUUCUCUACAACAAUGAUCACUCCACUCCUGUCUCCCACCUGAGCGAUCUGCCAUUCUAUGCGAACUUCAAGCUGCUGCUUCCCAUCUGCGUCUCCCUGCUUAUGCUGCUGGCCCUCAUCGGAGCUGCUUUGUUUCUUCGCAAGAGAAAACUCAACAACCAGGCCCGCCUGGCCAGCUCUUCUAUGUCAGAGUCCCCAUCGCUGGCCAACCUACAGAACAAACAGAACCGAGAUCAGCAGUAUCUGGCAGUGCGUUGCAAUCCGGGCCCUUCGCAGCCCCGUGGCUCCAACUCCAACGAUUCGGGCAGCUUUGGCAAGGCGGAGGGCAACGAGUACAUCGAAGAUAUCUGUCCCUAUGCCACUUUCCAGCUGAACAAACAGACCUACAGUGAGAGCUCCUACAGCGGCAAUGUCUACAGCGGUCCGUACCAUUCCGUGCGCGGAUCCUUUGUCUACCACGAUGUCAAGCCGGAGAGCUAUCAUUCCAAGGAGCCGGAGUACACAAAGGUGCGCCGAAAAGUGGGCCGCCUCCGAGAUCCCCAUUCGGAGAGUCAAGAAUCGGACAAUCCAGGUUCCACAGAUUCCGAAGUUAGGAAAAUCCUAACGCUUCACAUACCAAUUACAGAAUAUGACACACUCGGCUCCGAGUCCGACAAUGAUGUGUCUGCACGCGCUCUAAACUCGGCCAAGUAUCGCGCCCAACGGGAUACCCAAGAUGAGACCUCAUCCUCAUCGGAGACCACACCCACAAGCAUGACCCGGAAGUCAAAGCCUCCGUUUGCAGCCCGAAAGCCAGGAAAGCCCGGCACCAGCGGCAAGCGACACGUGCGAAGUUCCAGCGGCUAUUCGAGCCACAAUGAAGAAACUACUUUUAGCAUAUCCAACUAUCCACCAAACUAUCAGGACCACAUAAAUCCACCAGCUCGUUUUUCGGAUGCCAACGAGAAAUCAAAGACACAGACGUCGCCACGUAUGCGUGCCAAUCAGAAACUACAGCGGGAAGCCUUCCAGAUCAAUGUCUAAGGCCCUAAAGAAUGAAUGGAUCUAGUUUUAGAGAUAAUACUUAUAUAUAUAUAUAUAUACUAUAUAUAUAUUUAUAUACAUAUAUAUAUAAUUAUUGAGGAUCUGUAUAAACGAAUACAAAUAAUUGCGUAAACGAACCGAAAAUUGUAAAAUUUGUUGUAAAAUCCACCCAAGACAAAACAGACUUUGGCGCCCACUUCCAAAACUAAACUUAAAAUAACUUACAAAUCCAAUGCAACAAAUAUCUUUCAACUAUUUACAACAAUAAGAACAAACAAUACAAGCAAAAUGGCAGCAAGAGACAGAAAGGAAAACGAAUAUUAGAAAUUUUCGAGUGGAUUUUGAUUUUCAACGAACGAUCAGAUCAGAAAUAGCACGAAAAAUAAACCAUAAGACUUAUUUACACACAGAUUAUGCUUAGUUGAACUUGCGUAAAAUAAAAGCUGCAUGAAUAUGAGUAUUAUAUAUAGCCAACGUACAUGUACGUACAUCUAAAAUAAGUUUAUGCAGAACAGAUAUAAUUAAAUUAAAAUAAAUUAAUGUUAUAGAUCCUAAAUUAGGCAUUUAAUGUAUGAGAAGAAAAGGAACUGCGGCAGGCCGCAGAUCAGAGAGUGCUCUGCAGACAGCCGCAAGAAAUGAAACGAAACGAAACGAAAGUAGAACGAAAUAGAACCAUGGCAGAGCAUGAUCAAGUCGGAUUAAACUUAUAUGUAUUGUAAAACUUAACUAUAAGAAAAGAGCCUUUGUGCUAACUGCAGAAAUUCUUUGCAUUUGUAGUAAAUUAUAAAAUUAUGAACAUUUCGUUGAACUGAAUUGUUUGUUUAACCCACUUUUUGCGUCAGUUUGUAAGUGUACUUGACAACUGUUAGCUAGUUAUUUAAAUGAAUUUAAUUGAUUUACGGGAGAAAUACAAUACAAUACAAUAUAUGUAAUACCGAAUGCAUUCAGAUAGUUUAUGAAACUGUUGUAAAUAGCUAAGCGUCAUACAAUUAAUUCUACACAAAGCGUACGAGUAUUAUAUAUUGUACGAAUAACAACAUAAAUGUUAGUGGAAAAUACAUUACAAAACAAAGCCAAAGUCGUAAACCAGCAUGCAUUUCCACAAGCCGAAUAUAAGCAGCCGCUCAAAAGACAUCUACUAACUACGGAAAUACUACGAAACUAACACAGAACCCAGGCCGACAAAAGAUAUAGCCGAAUAUUUGCCAAACAGACAGAGAGACAGACAGACACCGACACUGCUCCUGUACCAUACAUGCGAUUAUAGUGCAUCUAUUUUCCAAUAGCUACAACGACAAAACCAGCAACCAAGCAAACAAUACAUGACAAUAUGACACAACAAAUACAUAAAUACGCGUACAUAUAAAAAUACAUUAACGAAAAAGAAUAAAACCAAAGAUCAUGGAUAAAAACUUAUAAAGUUGAAGUUGAAUUAGCAUUGAGAACAGAAAAAAUUUGGCAAAGGCAACAAACUCUUCAGACUGCACUUAAAACGAAAUGAAAAGCAUAAGCUAACCUGUAGCCAUUUACUUGGUUGUAAAUUGAUUCAAACGUUGCGGAAUUAAAACUCUUAAGCAUAAACCAGUUGUAAAACUACACACUAAACCGAUUCUUCUAAAAGAGCACAACAGUUUAUGUACAUUGAAAUGUGAAAAACAAUGAAAAACUUCAAGGCAAAAUACAUGACAUGACUUAUGAUAAAAACCAAA